AUGGUGCAAGAACUUUCGGAGUCGGCGAAUGGAACCUUUGCACCAGAUGCCCCUGCACACCGCCUUGGCAUUGUGUCGGUCCCAAAGGAAAGGUCUACGUACACUUCCAGGGACUGGGCUUUCGCCUAUGCAAACCCCAACCUCACCAUAGUUCCUGGCACACCCUACUCAGCCAAUAUUGCCCAUAUCCAAAAGACGUCCCUCGAUGCAUCCCUUCGCCCUUGGUCAGACCAGCUGGAGGGUGCAACGGCAUGCCGUCUUACCCAACUCACUGAUGGCCUUGCACCCACAGCUCAACGUAGGAUCCGUUAUUAUCAUACCGACGUGGACUCAAGAACCCGUCCCAAGGCCCUAGCAAAGCAGCUCAACAUCUCCAUGGCCAGCAUCUUCCAACUUACGUGGGCCUUGGUGCUCCGGUCCUACACUAAUCUCCAGGACAUAUGUUUUGGCCGUGUUUGCUCAGAAAGAGAUAUCGAGCUUGAUGGCAUCACAGACGCUGUAGGGCCAUUCAUCAACACCCUGAUCUCCUGCAUAGUCUUUGGUAGAGGGGAUAAAGCUGCCGCAAUGCUCAAACAGCUGUUUUCCACGUAUCUGGACAGUCUACCGCACCAGCAUGCGUCGUUGACUGAUAUCACGCACACACUCAAGAUGCCUGGUGGGAAGCUAUUCAACGCAGCCUUUUCAUUCUUUAAGAUCUCCCAGUCCAAUGGUUCUGCCAAGGCUCAGGGCCUUCCACUCUCGUUCCGCUCCAUUGGGGGAGCUGAUCCCACAGAGAGCCUAUUUUGGGCUCUUGGUGCUAUUCAAGUCACUCCAUCAUAUGCCAUCAAGAUUCUCGAUCUUGUGCCCGCGCAUCACAUAGAUCAGCUCAAGUCGUGGGUCAAUCGUCUCCCUCCCAUCGUCGACAGACGUGUUCACGACCUAUUCGAGGACGUGGUCCGCAGCACACCAAUAGCACCUGCUAUCCACGCGUGGGAUGGGGACUUGACGUACGCCGAGCUGGACAGGGACUCAUCACGUCUGGCUGGUCUUCAUCUCAGGCAAAGUGCCAAGCCUGAUACUUUCAUUGCUGUCUGCUUUGAGAAAUCAGCGUGGGCCGCCAUUGCGUAUCUCACCAUCAUCAAGGCAGGCACUGCGCUUAUGCAGAAGCGCCCAUAG